AUGAAGUACGUGCGUACUUCCAAGUGGUCGAAAACAAGUAAAGCCCAGAAUUUUAAUGUUGAUUUUCACGGUAGGCAGACCCACGUCCACUUCACACAUCACAACCUUUCUUACCAAAUCAUCUUUUUUGUGCUUCUUCUCAUCGUCGCCAACUUAAACAUGAACGUAUCCGGCGCUCGGGGACUGUGCACAUUGUGCUGCUUGGGGCUUUUGGUAUUGCUCGCAUCUUCUGAUGCUCAUGCCUCUGUAGUCGUGCCCAACCGGUCACAACGUGGCUUCAAAGACAAUGUUUCAAAUCGUAUUGCCCAUGGCUUCGGAAAGAGAACAUUUCAGGACACAUACGACCUUUCACCUUCAUUAGAUGAUGGUAAGAACUUGAUAACCCCAAGAAAGUUGGCAGAACUUAUUAUGUAUGACAGAAAUCUGGCUUACAUUGUUGCCCUUAAAUUGGACUCAAACGGUGAUGGUGCCGGACAAUAUUCUUCCACCCCCGUUAGCCAAUUUCAUGUUCAAUGGUCACUAAUGAAACUGGUCACCUGGGAAAGUCGAAACGACCGACCAACAAACAGGCGCAUCUGUGAUAGACGACCUUGUAGCUUCUUGUGCGUCAGCAAGCAGAACUUUACUUUGCCCCGUUCUAUCGAUCCCAUGAUUCAUUGUGACCGAAAAAAAAACAUUGAAUGA